CUUCCUCUCCGUCAACUAUUUAUUCACCGCUUCUCUCAGCUCGGAUUGCAGAGGGCGCAGCUCCACCGUCGUAACUUGCAGUGUGGCGCCGCUUCUCUGCUGCCCCUGCCCUCGGCUCGUUUCUUCCCGGCUCUUUAGGAAUCCGGCUUUUCCUAAAGUGUAGACCGGUCUUUAUUCCUAACUCUCCAUGCCCUGGGCUUGCUUUUGGCGCCUGCAUCAGCCCUGGAGGCUCUCCACGACCUGUAAGAAAUCUUGGCGAGAUUCGCAAAAACGGGUUGGAAAUCCUCGGUGAUCCUUGGGAUGUGAUGGGAUUGUGCGAAGAGGAUUUCAGAUGAAUGCCAGGUUUCCACUGAUUGCCAGAAUUCGAGAUCACUACACAUGGAUCCCCAAAAUCAACAUGGCAGUGGCAGUUCAUUAGUUGUGAUCCAGCAGCCCACAUUGGAUAGCCGUCAGAGGUUAGACUAUGAGAGAGAAAUUCAGCCUGCUGCUAUCUUGUCUUUAGACCAGAUCAAGGCCAUCAGAGGCAGCAAUGAAUACACGGAAGGGCCAUCAGUGGUGAAAAGAUCUGCUCCUCGGACAGCACCAAGACAAGAAAAGCAUGAAAGGACUCAUGAAAUCAUACCAAUUAAUGUGAAUAACAACUAUGAGCACAGACCUACAAGCCACCCGGGACAAGCAGGACUCUCAAAUAAUGCCCGAGGUCCCAUUUUGAGCAGAUCGACCAGCACUGGAAGUGCAGCCAGUUCUGGGAGCAACAGCAGUGCCUCUUCAGAGCAGGGACUGUUAGGAAGGUCACCUCCAACCAGACCAGUUCCGGGUCAUAGGUCUGAAAGGGCAAUCCGGACCCAGCCGAAGCAACUGAUUGUGGAUGACUUGAAGGGCUCCUUGAAAGAGGACCUGACACAGCACAAGUUCAUUUGUGAACAGUGUGGGAAGUGUAAAUGUGGAGAAUGCACAGCUCCCAGGACCCUGCCAUCCUGUUUGGCCUGUAAUCGUCAGUGCCUUUGCUCUGCUGAGAGCAUGGUGGAAUACGGAACCUGCAUGUGCCUAGUCAAGGGCAUCUUCUACCACUGCUCCAAUGACGAUGAAGGGGAUUCUUACUCGGAUAAUCCUUGCUCCUGUUCACAGUCACACUGCUGCUCUAGGUACCUGUGUAUGGGAGCCAUGUCUCUAUUUUUACCUUGCUUACUCUGUUAUCCUCCUGCUAAGGGAUGCCUGAAGCUUUGCAGGGGGUGUUAUGACUGGAUCCAUCGCCCAGGAUGCCGAUGUAAGAACUCCAACACUGUCUAUUGUAAGCUGGAGAGCUGCCCCUCCAGGGGUCAGGGUAAACCGUCAUGAUUUUUGGAAGUGGGUUGGACCUCCUGAACUUCUAGCUUUCAAGCUGUGGCUGUUAAAAAGAUUCUAUUAGAUACUGGUUUUAUUUUCUUUACAUUUUUCCCGCCUUUCUUACCCUGUUCCCGAGGUUUGACUCAUGGAUCUUACUCUUCUCUAACGGAUGAUCUUCAGUGAGAGUGGACUGUGAAACUGCACCUGGCUCCCACUUACGACCAGAGCCUCUGCCAUCCACUCAAGAGGGUAUUGAGAGCCAGUGGGCUUUGGUGUGGCCUUUUUGUUCUCCAAGCAACUUCUCAAAAAGUUGUAUACAUGAACAUACCCACACACAUACCCAGUCAAUCUGCCGUGAUUUAGAGCUGUUUUUGAUUGGGUGCUCUGGGAGCAGGGAAACUGGUUUUUAAAGAAGCUACAUUUUUAUUGCUUAAUUAAGCUAUGUGUUAAGUCUGUCUCCAGUUAGGGCUGUCUUCACAGCAUUGGCCUCUUAAGAAGCAUGGGGGCAUAUAUUUUUGUUAUAACAUAAACAUUUUUGUUUAACCACUGCCCUCUCCUUGCCCCUCAAGUUCUCUCCCCUCCGUUUCUUUUUAUGGAGAUGCCAGGUAUUUUUCUUUUCCUAUGUAAGUUUAGAUUUGCUUUACAAUGUAAAUCUUCACAUUGGAGAUAAAUUGGUUGUUUCUUGCUCAUCUUUAUUUUAGCUUUCAUAAUUUGUGAAGAACUCCACUGCCUUCCUUCCACACCCCACACUUUUUACCAAAUUUCUCAUCAUUGAGGGCACUUGGAUAACUGAAGUUGAUAUUUAUAGCUGAUCAAUCUAUAGGUGUCACAGAACUAUACUGCCUAAAUUUGAUCUUGGCCCUUUAAUGGUCCUUUUGGCCCUUUGGUUAGCUAACAGCUGAGUAAUUCUAGUUUUUUCUGUGUUUUCAUUGCCUUAACCACAAAUUGUGGUGCUUUUUGUAUAUUUUAUGUAUAAAUCACAAAGUUGAAUUCUGACUAUUUUUAAGACAAAAGUCUGUUAAACUUUUUUAUUGUAAAGAAUAUUUAUUAUGCGAAUCUAUUAUUUUAUAAUAUUUAUUGCAAAAGACUGUUGAAAUGUACUCAUGUCUGAAUAUAACAAAAUAUCAAUACGUAACGGAAAAUAAGGUGACACGAAGAAAGUACCUAUGUUAACUAUAAUGCAGAAAAUAUAUUAAUUAAUGAAACUGUC